GGUCACACCGAAUUCAGCUUCUCAUUUCGUCGCGUCUGGACGCGUCUUUAAUUUUUAGGAUAGUUUAGCAUUUAUAAGCGAGUUAAUUGAAUAUCUCAGGUGCGCCGAGCGGAGGAGAAGGUGAAAAGCCGCGUGCCCUGUCCACUUGUACCGUUCGUUUUGUACACAUUUAAUGUAAUCGCCGUGUGUCCCUCUCACUAUUCGCCUUUAACUUCAUUGUGAAACAUAAAACGCAAAAUGAAAUAUUUGUUUUAAUACUACUGCUGUACCCGCAUAGCAAAUUGCCAGUUAAAAUUACCAACACCAAUUUACAUAAUAUUGGAAAAAAACACAGGAAAAAAAGAAUAACAAAACACACAAACGAGCUGGCAAAUUGAUAGUCGUGGGAUGUGUGUGUGCAGCAACGAGAUCAAAUAGUGAAAUGCAAAAGCGUUUUUCAAUUGAAAAGCGGGCUGCAGAAAAGUGAAAAUUAACGCGCUUAGCGAUAUAUUUGCAUUUGGAACGAAUUGAGUGAAAACCUGUGAAAAUGUCGAGUGCAGAAGACGGCGAACUGGAUCCUCAAAUUCAGAUUGAACUGGAGAAUCUCAAUAGUGCAACCGAUGAGAUUAAUAAGCUAGAAAUCGAGCUAGAGGAGGCCAAUUCCACCUUUCGCAUCCUGUUGAAUGAAUCUACACGCCGCCUUAAAGUUUCAUCCAAGAAGUUGGGCAACUGCAUUGAGAAGGCUCGACCUUACUACGAGGCAUUGGACAAGGCACGCGAGGCACAAAUCGAAUGUCAAAAAGCAGCGGUUAAGUUUCAGCGAGCUAAUGAAAUCCAUGCCGCAGCCAAGGAGACGGUGGCGCUUGCUGAGCAGCGUUUUAUGUCCAACUCGCACGAAUGGCAGUUCGACAAUGCCUGGCAGGAGAUGCUUAACCAUGCUACCCAGAAGGUGAUGGAUGCCGAGACGCAGAAAGCCGACUGUCAUGCGGAGCACCAGAGGCUCACCAAACUGUUCAACGCCGCCGAGCAAAAGCUGCAACAGCUUGAGGAUCGUUUUCGUCGGAGCAUUAACAAGUCGCGGCCGUACUUCGAAGAGAAGCAGGUGUGUCAGGACCAGCUGCAGACACAAAAAAACCGCAUUCAGGAGCUGCAGCAGCAGGUGGCCGGUGCUAAGAGCACCUAUUCCACGGCCUUACGUAAUCUGGAGAGGAUCAGCGAGGAUAUACAUAGGCAGAGGGGAGAUUUUCCCACUCCACCAGGACCCCGCGAGCCGGGUGUGGGAGCAGAGUUAAACUCGCCGACUUCCAGUGCCUUGCCAUCACUGCCGGAUUUCCAGCUGGAGCUUGAGAAGUGCGACUAUCCCUCCAUAGCGGGCAGCCAGAUGUCUCUGGGCGCAAAAACUCCCCAAGCGGCUGCCGAAACUGAAGAUGAGGAGGAUGCCUGCGACUACGAUGAAACGGGAGCCGGGGAACUCAGGGGUGUAGUAGAUGAACGCGAUUUGGAGGCCCUACGACAGAAGGUCAAGAUCCUGGCAGUGCGUCCCAUUGAGGGCGGAGAUGGACAGCAGCAGAAUGAUGUGUGGGAGCAUGAACUGAAGGCCACGGUGGACAAGCUGGACCACUUGAUGAUGCUCAAGGAAACAGCCAAAAGACAGCAAACGAACCGCUUGAAGUCCAGCGAACAGCGGCCCGAUUCAUUGGGCGCUGAGGCCUUGAAACGUCACUGCGAUGUGGUCGAGGUGAAGGUCACCCAAUGCGCCACCACCGCCAGCUUGCCAGUCACACCCCACCACCAGCUGAAUCACCUUGCACCGCCCACGCCCAUUAAGAAGCUGCAACAGCAACUGGCGCCCUUGCCCUCCGUAAACGUCUCCAUGCGGGAGCUGCCCCUGUUGGCCAGGUUGUCCAACGAGCUGCUGGAUCGCAGCAGUGCUGCCAUCGGCGGAGUGCGCAAGACGCUGCGCAGGCGCUCCCUGGAAUAGUGAGCAACUAGGGGGCCAGAGGAGACAUUUUCAGCCAGCCCCAUAUCAGAUUUGUUUAUAUUAAAUGAAUAAUGAAGUAAUUGUAAAACGUUAAACGCCGCAUUUAAAUGUGCACCAUUAUCGAUAAGUCUACACCUACACCUACAGGAUAUAAACACCAACUAUUUUCGUAUAAAUGUUGAUUACAUUCUAAUCUAAUGUCUCCGUAUAUGUUUCUCACUGUUAAUACUUUAACUAUGUAAAUGUUUUGUGAUUCGAGAGAGCAAAAAGAAAUUGGAUUGGAUAAUAUGCAAACAAUAAGCAGCUUUAAGUUAAUGUUAAAACCUUAAACUAAUAAACCCAGGUAGACUCACUAAUUUAAUUCAAAUGGGCACAUGCACUAAGUAGUUUAGCCUAAAAAUACCACGAAAAUGAAACUCUGAAUUAAAAACAAGUGUCGAAAUGUAACGAAUUCAAUUAGAUAACUAAGUGUAAAACUCUCAAAGCUAAAUGUAGUGGAUUAAUAAAAUGAAAAUGGUCUACAUUUGUUUGGUGCCCGAGAGUAAAGUAAGAAAUGUGAACUAAAAGUAUUUGAAAUAGAAAUAAUAUUGAAACUUGAAAUGAGAAUAAAACUGCAUUCUAAUUCAAA